AGUCAUGGUGGACCUCGCUUUCAUCUCCGCGAAGGGCUGCGAGCUAGAGGAAGAAGACCAGCUCGCGUGAAGGGGGAAGAGGAAGAAGAAGAAGAAGAAGAAGAAGAAGAGGAAGAGAUGUCGCAGGCAUUGUGCGAUGCACCGAGCGCGCAGGGGGAUCUACGCUACAUCAAGCUGGUGAGCGGGCAUUCCAUCCCCUCCGUGGGGUUGGGGACAUGGAAGUCCGCCUCCUCCGAAGCCUCCCACUCGGUCUACACUGCCAUCACCGAGGCUGGGUAUAGGCAUGUGGACACAGCUCCACUAUAUGCGAUUCAAGAAGAGGUAGGACGAGGUCUCCAAGCUGCUUUGCAAGCAGGGAUACCAAGAAACGACCUGUUCAUCACAUCGAAGUUGUGGUGCACAGAUCUUUCUCCUGAUAGAGUUCGAAAUGCACUGAAGCAAACCCUAAAAGAGCUGCAGCUUGAAUACCUCGACCUUUAUCUGAUUCACUGGCCAUUUCACCUCAAGGAAGGUGCAACAAGGCCUCCACGAGCAUCUGACAUACUAGACUUCGACAUGGAGGGAGUGUGGCGAGAAAUGGAGAAGCUGGUGAAAGAUGGACUCGUCAGGGACAUUGGAGUCAGCAAUUUCACCUCAAAGAAGCUCAACAAGCUGCUUCAAUGUGCCCAAAUCAUGCCCUCCGUGUGCCAGAUGGAGAUGCACCCGGGCUGGAGGAACGAUAAGAUACUCGAGGCCUGCAAGAACAAUGGGAUCCAUGUCACCGCUUACUCUCCACUGGGAUCUUCGAGAAGUGAUCGAGACCUCAUACACGAUCCAACAGUAGUGACGGUAUCCAAGAAGCUCAACAAGACCCCUGGGCAGGUGCUGCUAAAAUGGGGGCUGCAAAGAGGUACCAGCGUUAUUCCGAAGUCGACGAAUGCCGAUAGGAUCAAAGGAAACAUACAGUUGUUUGGGUGGGCAAUCCCUCAAGAAGACUUGGAAGCUUUGAAUAGCAUACGUGACCAGAGGAGAACUGUGUCCGGAGAGGAGACCUUUGUGAACAAGAGUGAGGGGCCAUACAAGAGUGUGGCUGAACUGUGGGAUGACGAGGUCUAGAAAGAUCGCGGAGUCUCCCUCUGUGGCCGGAGAAAUAAAGCACCAUGCUAUGUUUGCUGAAGUUUCACAAUAUAUAUCUCUUGUAGUUCUUUCAGACUUCGAUAUAUAGGAAUAAGUCAUCGAUCUGCGAUCUGAAUGAUUGGUUUGCAAGUGCAUCGGCCACAGGAUUAACACUUCAAUUAACUUCAUUUUGAGAUUCAAGAUCGACAUGACCUAAUAAACAGUGAUAAGAUAUCGGUUAAUUCCACAGCCUCGCAUGAUCUCUUUGGCUUUUAUUCUUCUAUACAGCAAGUGAGAGAGAUUAGAAGGAAAAGGCAGUCAAAAGGAGGCACACUUCGUCGUCAAAUCCCUGUGACUGGAAGUGCCUUCAAGCGUGCAUCGACUUUGGCAAGCAAAGUCAAAAGCCAUAACCUUCGUGUAACCUUUCACCAACGCCAACAUACAAAGAAGUGAAUUCAAGAAUCGUAAGGCUUCAACAUACUAAUUGAAGACAGCUAAUUAAUGGUAUUGACGAGCUUGAGAAGGUUCCAAGUUUGGGGGACAUGCAAAUGGAAGCCACUAUGCAUCACUGCAGCUGCGAGUAAGCACAGUGCGCAUGAGUUUGUUGACCAAAGUGAGAUGCUUCGGUCAAAAUCCUUCCACGAACAAAGUUUCUUCCAUUCAAGAAAGAGAAUCUCCCUACUCAACCACUCCAUUUGCUGAAUUAUAUAUGUCAUCUAUUGAGUCUUGAAAUUUUGACCAUAAAAAGAGUUCAAAAGUGUGGCAUGCAAUGAAUUAAGAACAGAACCGCAUUUGCUUCAAGCCACUGAGUUGGAGAUUUUGACCUUUCAAAAGGUGCAUAUAUUGCUCCAGAUUUCUGAAGAAUGUCAUGGAUAAAUGGUUGUGACUUGUCUUCUCCAUUCACCUAAUCCACUAUCUGUGUCAUGCAUCAAGUUAAGUAUAAUCCUUCCGUGCUUAAAGCCACAUAAAUAUGCAGCAAAUCUAA